UUUGCUGAGCUAUAUAAGCAGCAAUGACUCUGUUCAGAAUCAGAUGCAGUUAUCGCUGUGCUUGCCAUCUCUUUACUUUUUGUUCACCUUGAGUCUCUCUCUGGUCAAGAAAAAUGCACGCAGCCGCAAAACUCUCCAUCUUCAUGUGCUUGAUUGCCACGUCCUUUGCAGAACACCACCGGUCCUGCGAUUCGCCCAAUAUGACAGGCGUGUUAGUAGUGAGUGAUCUACGAAAAGGCAGCACAGUGGCUGCAUAUACAUAUGAUUCUGUGGCCAACAAGCUACGGUUCACAUCAUUUUCGAGUGACACAAUUUACUCUUCACUGAAUUUGGAUGCACUGUUCUUUUUCGAUGAGGGGAUAUUUUAUGAGGUUGACGGCAAAAACCAGAGCUGUGAGAAGAAGUCACUACAAUCAUCCAUCCAUGCCAUGGAAAUUCCCUCAAAUGCCGAGUUCCUAAGUAAUAUGACUUUGGGAAGCGCAACCAUUGCAGAGGAGGGACUAAAGAUGAGCAUUUGGAGAGGGACAGUGCCAGAAACAAAAGCACAUUAUGUGAUGGGUUCAAGUAUGGGAUGUUUGCCUUUCAGCUUUACCUACAUCUCUGAAACCAUACUCAUUUUCAGCAACACGGCAAUUGAGAUGGAGAUUAAGGAUCCUGAUCGCCUCGUGGUGCCCUCUUUUUGCGAGGCGGAGGUUGUGGAAGACACACCUGAGGGGAAAGUAAACUCUUUCUUCAGCCUGUUCCUUUAGAGAGAAUCCCACUGGAGGACCCCCCCCCCAAAAAAAAAAAAACAACCAAACCCCUAUCCGUGUGUGGCCAGCUGAAACGCUUAUCAUUUUUUUCUCCUUCCUGUAUGUGACUUGAGUGUUUUGCAUGAUACCUGCACUGCGUCAUGUUGUCAUAUUUUUUUUAUCUUUCACUCCACUAUCAAGAGAUGGCUUUUGAAUGGAUCAAAUGAAUAAAUGAAUAAAUGUCGAUGUAACUGAGUGGAGACAUGGCGAGCAUGGAAGAAAUAGUCCUUUUUCCUAGCAACACUUGGUGGCUCAACAAGUUGAUACAGCUCACAAAACCUUGUAAGAUAUAAUUAAAAGAAAAAUAAAAUGCCAAAGCUGUUAAUUAA